AUGUCGCCGACGACGGACACUUCUGUCGUCGUCGUCCACUGUAAAUUCGCCUCCGAGGACGAGUCGAAGACGAUUUCGAUAUCGUUACCUCCCUCUGUCCCCGCGACGGUUCGAAAAGUGUGCGAGCAAUUCUUAUCCGAGCGCGCGGACGUUCAACAGUUGAUACAAAAGAAAGGAGGCACGUUUGAGGGAUUUAACGUCUGCGCUUUACCGAGGAAAGAAGAAGCGACAUUAACGACGACGACAACAACAACAAUAAAAACAAAGAAGGAAGAAGACGAAGAGGAAAGAAAUCAGUCCACCAUCAACGGGUUAUCCGUCAGCGAAGCGUCGACUGUCUUAGACGAUGCGAAAGUGUUACAAAACAACGAUCGGGUCACCAUGGCGUUGACGAAAGAAUAUAACUUGAAGAGUUUGAAUCCGGUGAGGAAAUAUACGGUUGGUUCUUUCCACGGGACGAAUUUACCGAAAUUUAAAAGCGGGAAACAAGCUGCGGUAGAAUGGCAAAUGCGAAGGACGAUCGACGAGGCGAACCCGACGGUAGCCUCUGGAUUAUCUUUAGUUGGAGGAAAAAGACAAGCGUUUGUCGGCGCGAAAGAGAAAGGACAAAGCGCAAAGUUUUACAUUUUGAAAGCGCAAAACACGAACGAUUUCUGCGCGUUGCCGAUGGAGACUUGGUAUAAUUUCAGACAGUUGAUGUCGAGAAAAGUGCUAAAUUUAGAAGAAGCGGAAGAAUUGAUGAAGAAUAAGCAAGAUAGGUUGUACGAGACGUCGGCGAAGUUUGUCGGAAGCGGGGCGAACAACGCCGAUUUAGACCGGUUUUCGGAUUCGGAUUCAGAGGACGAUAUCGUCAAUCCAAAGUCCAGACGAAACAAAAAAAGGGGAGACGACACGGACGACGAAGACGAAGAGAACGGUGGGAAGAAGAGAGGAAGAAAGCGAGGCGGCGGCGGCGGGAAGAAGAAAGGCGAUGACGAGGACGAAACGAAAGAGAAGAACGAAGACGGCAUCGGCGAAGGAUGGGAACACGAUCAAACGUAUUCCGACGACGAAGGCGGAGAAGUCAUGGCAACUGCGGACCCGGAACAACAAGAAAUAGAUAAGCAAAACGCACCAAAACCUCCGACGGCGGAUUCCGACGAUGAGCUCGAUGAAAACGCGCAGAAAAUCAAAACGUUGUUAACGAGGCAAAACGCGAUUGAAAAUAACAUCACGGCGGCGGCGAUAUUCUCGGACGACGACGACGAUGAUGACGACGACGAUAUUCCGGAAGAUUUCGAUCCCGAUAAGGAAGAAGUGAACAUCGGGAAAACGCGAUCCCUGAUCGAUAAAGUGAAGCAAAAAGAAGUUAGAGAUAAACAAGCGGCUAAGGAAGCGGCGGCGGCGGCUAAGGAAGCGACUGCCGAGCAACAGCGAAGAGCGUUAGCGCAGCAACAACAAUUGCAGCAAGAACAGUUACAGCAACAAGCCACCGCAGCUUCCCAAGGUGUGAAAAGAACGGCAUCGCAGGCUGGCAUGACGAGUCAAGAAAACUCUGCUCGGAAAUCAGCGCAGCGUCCGUUGUCUCGAGGAGCGAGCGCUCUGGGGGUUGGCGGAGACAAAAUCAAAGACGAAUCGGCCACAAAUCCAGUCGAGAAGAUUAUUCGCGAACUGUUAAAGAAAAAUCCCGGUCGCACGACGAUGAAAGACAUCACCAAAGCGUGCAGAAAGGCUGGAUUGGUAAGUUCAGAUGCGGGUAAAGCGCAACUGAAGCAAACGAUCGAGCGCAUAUUGAGAUUUAGCCAAACAAGCGACGGCGUAAUGGUCGUAGCUUUGAAAUGA